GUUGUAGUUCGGAGGCGGCGGCGGGUAUCCCGGGAGGCGGUGCGCGGUCGGCCGGCUCCAGGAUGGCGCAGGGCUGUCGGAUCGGGCCGUCCAUCCUCAACAGUGACUUGUCCCGGCUGGGCGCCGAGUGUCGCCGCAUGUUGAGCUGUGGGGCCGAUUACCUGCACCUGGACGUGAUGGACGGCCACUUUGUGCCUAAUAUCACCUUCGGUCACCCUGUGGUGGAAUGUCUUCGGAAGGAACUUGGACAAGAGCCCUUCUUUGACAUGCACAUGAUGGUCUCAAAGCCGGAGCAGUGGGUGAAGCCAAUGGCAGUAGCUGGAGCAAAUCAGUACACAUUCCACCUGGAAGCUACAAAUAACCCAGGUCCGCUCAUCAAAGACAUAAGAGAAAACUGUAUGAAGGUGGGGCUUGCAAUUAAACCAGGGACAUCUGUAGAAGACUUGGCUCCAUGGGCAAAUCAGAUUGAUAUGGCUCUGGUGAUGACUGUGGAGCCAGGGUUCGGAGGUCAGAAGUUCAUGGGUGAUAUGAUGCCAAAGGUGCACUGGUUGAGGACGCAGUUUCCUUCUCUGGAUAUUGAAGUUGAUGGAGGCGUAGGACCAGACACUAUUCAUAAGUGUGCAGAGGCUGGAGCAAACAUGAUAGUGUCUGGCAGUGCUGUCAUGAAGAGUGAUGAUCCCAGAUCAGUUAUUAACCUGCUCCGAAAUGUUUGUGUGGAAGCUAUUCAGAAGCGAUGUCUGGACAGGCAAUGACCGACUGGAUGAAAUACAGAUGUCAAUGGCCCUCCUCUAUAUCUGCAGGAGAUUUUCUUUUAAAGUUUACAUUUGGGCUGCCAACUUCUGCAAGACCAGUUUCUGAAGUACCAGCAGAGUUAAUAUACCAUGGGAUCAGUGUCAAAGCAACUUACAGUGGUGAUGUUUAUAGUAAAUUUACAAAUUUCACAACAUUGUAUACAUUUAUUAUACACGCAUGAGACCAAUCAUGUAAUCUGGCAAUCAGUUCCAGGACGGAGAUCAACAAAUAAA